GUGAUUUUAUUAGCCCAGUUUUUGAGUCAGCCCAAUUGCAUUUAAGACAACUAUAAUAUAGAAAUGAACCGAAUACAUGAACCACCCCAGCAAGAAUUGGAAAUAUAAGCAAACCGAGGUCGCGUAGUCACGGUUUUUCCCGUACUAAUCAAAUGCGUUGUUUAAUCAUAAACAUAUUAAACUGAUAAAUUUGUUUCAUUUUAGACGUAAUAAAUACAGUUUUGUACAAUGUUUUUAAAACCGGACCGGCUACCGACCUAGAAAUAUUUUGAGUCAUGGAUCAUUGUAGUUCGACCAAAUUCGAUCAUGUUUGAUUGGAUUAAACUGAAUUUAGUAAUAUUUUGUAAAUAAUAUGCAUAUUCUUACAAAUAUAAAUCAUAUCAAAUAAAUUGUUUCAAUAACCAUAAUCUUUAGAAAAACUUAAAAAAUAACAAACUAAAAAUGUAAUAAGAAUAAAAAAAAAUUUAAUAGUGCAAAUCGAAAAUCAAUACAAAAACACAUUUAAACUUUAUUCUCCAUGUCUUCAUCACCUUUAAAAAUAUAUAUACACAUUAGUUUUAAAUAAUUAUAUUUCUUCACAUCUUUAGAAUAUUCUUCAAAAAGUUUAUCUCCUAAUAUAUUUUUGACAAAAAAUAAAUGAUUUUGUAAACUAAUGCCACAAUAAAUUGCUACUCAAAUUGAAACAACAAGAUUUUCAGGAAAAUCAUGGAAGGCUUAAACCAUAAAAAGAGUAUGAAAUGACUUAAACGCACAAAAAUAGCCUACGAUGAUUUAAACCAUAAAAAGUCCAAAUCAAUGAUAAACUACUUACUUGGAUAAAAGAAAAACUUUCGAAGAAGAUAGGCUCGAAUCUCGAAGAUAAGGAAACGUCGAACAAAACUGGAAAGAGGAUAAACACGAAUCUGCGGAAAAUAGGAAGGUGGCCAACCUACGGAUGAGUAUAUAAACAAAGGCUGAGACAGAAAAAGAGAGACAGAAACACUGAUAUCAAAAUUAUCUGCACUUAGAAACCUAGGCUUUUGCUUUUUGUUGUUUAUAUACAGGUUGUGAGAAUUUUUGGCUUAAGUGGUUAUUCUAUCAGAACUGAGAAAGAUCUACUGCUUUUGCAUAUUAUUCCGUUGAAAUAUCUCUUUCAGACGAGCUUCAUGUACUUGUCUCUUGAAGGCUUUUGCGUAAAUAUUGAUUAAAAGCCUACUCGUUUAGUUCAUCGUUUUGUACUUAAAACAUAUAUUUUAUGAACUAUUGAACUUAAAAAUCAAAUUUAGAAUACAAAUAUGCAAGAACCACAAAAUACAAAGUCAAUUAGCACAAUUUUUGGAAAAUAAAUUAUUACAUGAGCAGAAAUAUAUAUCACUUGUUGAAGACGAUAGAACAUGAGAAGUGAACUUGAAAAUGCUUACCAAAGUAAAGACUUAUGCGUUAAAAGAGUGUAUACUCCUUAAUUUUCAUUCUCCAUAAAUGUACUUCUUUUUUAAAAUUAAUUAUUGUUUUUUUAUAAAACAUAAAAUUUUACAGAAUUGUCGUUUUAUAAAUAUUUUAUAUUACUUUCUUAAUUUAAUACUUUUAUAAGUAAUUUAACAAAUAAAAUUAUAUGUAAAAUAAUUACAAAAAUUUUACAUUGAAUAUUAUACAUAUAUUUAGAUGUAGAUAUACAUAUAUGUGUAUUAAAGUUGGAGCAUAGGGGGGAUAUGACUCUAAUUUUUCUUUUAUUUGUGAAUUGUUUAGUUUUUUUACGGAUACUGAUUUUAAUAUUUUAUUUGCUCUGAAGACUUACGAAUAUCCAGAUUGUUUUUGGAUUGAUUAAGAGUUUGUCUAAUUUCCCAUGAAAAUGAACUUUGACACACCCAAACUGAUUGUUAAAGACAACUUUGAUCUUAAAAGUAUGUUUAUACUACCUAUUUUUUUGAUAUAUACCUAAAAUGGUUUCCCCUUUCAUAUUUCCUUUCUUUAGAUGAUUUUUAUGUAAACGGAUUCAAUAUUCUCAACUUAUUAAAAUAUUAUUCUUCAUACCUUAUUAUUUGUAUUUUUUUUUAAAAAAACAGAUAUUUAUUUUUAAAUUGAAUAUACCAUUUUGAAUGAGACCACAACAUUCUAUGUAAAACAUAAAUUAAUUUUAUAUUUAUGUAUUUUGUAAAUUAAAACAAGAGUCUAAAUUCUAAUCCUGAUUCCUAAAAGCUAAACCAGAAAUAAAAAUUGAAAUUGAAAAAAUGAAAUUAUAACUCUUCACUUCUCAAUUUUAAUAUUUUAAAACUCCAAACUUGAAUUGUGUAAAACAAUGUUUUCUGUAUAAAAUAAGUUAGCAUUUCAUUAUAACUCUUUACUUUUUUUGAAACUAUAUGUUUUCUAUAUAAAACAACAAGGAAAAUAGCAUUUCACCAUAACACUCUUUAUAUAGAAUAAUGUGUCAUACAUAAAAUUAAUUAUAAAAUCUAAGUAUUUUUAUUUUAAAUUUUAAAUUAUAAUACAUCUGAAACAAAAAGACAAAAAAGUAAAGAGUUGAAUAUAAAUAUAUAUAUAUAUAUAUAUAUAUAUAUAAAAUAGAAUUUAAACACAAUCAGAGGUAAUUUAUUAUAGAUAUAUACAGAGUAUUGUCCAAAAAGUCAAUUAAUAUAGAAUCAUACUUUUGACAUUUGACUUAAAUAUACAUGGUAUCCCUGUUCUAAAACUCGCUAGAACGAUUCGGCAGCUGGAAACUCGUUCCACGGCAAAUAGCCGUGACGAUUUGGAGUGUAUUUCGGAUGCAUUAUUUUGAAACUCUAUUUUAUUAUCUUUUAAUAUCCAAAUCUGUUUUUUUUUUGUAGAUAUAGCAUUAGAUAUGAUAGAAGAAUAAUGAAAAGGCAUUUAAAACAAAACUGAAAGCUAGAAAAAGCCACAUAUGUGAAAUUGGGUUGCAUACAGAAACCCUGCCCCCAUAACUCGAACUUGGGUUUUCAGAUCCAAAUAGAAUUGUACGAACCACUAGGACAGCUUGUAUUAUGUUUAUUAUCUACAUAUUUAUUUUAUAUACUUAUUAUUUGCUAAAAGAGAAAAAAAAGAAAUUCGAGUACUCCCCGAUUUAUUUUCAAUUUUAUGAUAACUCGCUGGACACAUACUGAGUUUCCAAAGAGGGCGUGGCAUUAUAUAUCCUAAUUCAGAACGGUAAUUUUGACUUUUAACUAGAAUAUAUGUGGCAUUACGAUUAUAUAAGUUAGACCGUAUUGAAUGCAAUAAUUAAUUUUCAUAGAGAGAUUUGACCAAAAGUUUCUUAAUUAAUGAAUCAAGUUGUCAUUAUUAACUGAAUUUGAAACUACAUAUACUGAUCUUUACCUUUAAAAGAACCAUAGUUAUCAAUAUAGUUCUUUAAGUUCCCAUAGUUAUAAAUUAUUAUCCACUCGUAGUAUUUGAUAUCUUUCUUUCUCCGGUUCCAAACUAAAAGCAAAAUCUCGAUUUCAUACCUAUAUUGUUUUUUCAUAAAAAAAAAUACUUCAUAAUCAUCGUCUGAGUUGGUGUUAAAAUGGAUUAUUCGUUCAAUAUCUUCAACAAAAAUUUCACCAGAAACGAAACUGAAAGUUCUAUUACUAAUGAUAAUUUAGCUUAUCUGCAAAAAGAUCAUAUUAAUUGUUUCAAUGAGUAUUUAGGUCAAUCUUCUGUGAAUGGUUGGUCUAAUUCAUCAAUUAUGACAAGUAAUUCUGAUUCUAAUCACCAAAGCCUGAUGUCGGUGAUGCCAAACCAAAAUUACAACCAUUCUGGUCGAACUUUUGUCUGUACUCAAAAUCUCCCGACUUUCAACUCUCUCAUAACAGAUAUACCUCCAACAUACCCAUUUAUAGAUAUCGAGCUCCCGGCUUCGACGAAAGGUAACUUUAACACAGGGGCUUGGGAUCAGAGUGAAGAUACAAAUUUGAGAAAACUAGUGGAGCUUUAUGGGACAAAGAACUGGAAAAAUAUCGCAAAUAUGCUUGGAACACGAAUAGGAAAACAACGUAGAGAGAGGUGGCAGAACCAUCUUCGUCAUGACAUCAAGAAAAGCGCAUGGACUGAAGAAGAAGAUCGAAUAUUGGUUGAAGCCCACAAGGUUUUUGGCAACAAAUGGGCCAAGAUUGCCUUAAAACUCUGUGGAAGAACUGAAAAGGCUAUUAAGAAUCGCUGGAAUGGUUUAAAGCGUCGAAUGCACCAGAAGAGAAUGAAGCAAAGUGAUAAAAAUGCAAACCCACCCCAAAAUGUCUUCCUUGCAAGAUAUAUAAGACACGUCACAAACGAGAAUGAAUCUCCUAACACCAAAGAAACAGAUUGCACCAAGGAUGAUGAUCAUGAAAAUGCUUUUGAUGGAGAGAUGGAUUUGAGUCUGGAUGUUACAACACAGACCACAAAACCAUUGGCUAGCAUGUCCACAACAUCAAGCUAUGUUCCCGAGCCAGCUAUGACAUUUUCAUGGGAUGAUUACUUUACAUAUAUUUGAGAAUCCAUGGAUGACAUUCAGAUGCUCAUGCAUGGAUUGGACUAAUUAACAAUGAAGAAAUUUCUAUGUAUGAAGAUAAUUUCUAUGUUCAUAAUAUUUUUUGUACAAUCUAAAGUGGUAUCUUCUAUGUAUAUAUCGUCUCUUUUUCCAUCAGUUUUUAUAUAUCUAUUUAUUUUUUGUCAUGUUAUGUUUUUUUUUUGAGAGAGAUCCACAAAUUUUCUAUCAUAUAUUUUCAAUAAUAAAACAUUUACUUCUUAUAGUAAUCACCUAUAUAUAAAUUGAGAAACAUUUUUUAAGUUAUAAAUUUUGACUCAAUGCUUAGGUGUCAUCCCCACAGCUUUUCCCACAGUCCUUAUUAAAAAGACAUAACUUACUAGAAUUAUUACAAUAAUACCAUUGUGGACCAUUCAUUUAUAAAGUUUUAGGGAAACAUAAUAAUUGUUUCCAUCGACAGAAUUAAUUUUGGAUUGAAACUGGUUUAUUAAUAACAGAACCACUGUAUAUCUAUAUUAUUAAAACUGAAGUACAUUUGAGAGUUGUUUGGAAACUUGGAUAGUAAUAUAAAUGAGAAUUGUUUGGAAACAUAGAUAGCAGUACAAAUUAUACUUGCUUAUUUUAAUUGAUUUUUUAAAGAUUUUUAUUCUAUUGUUAAUCAAUUUUAACCACUUCAUUUAUUAUAUUUACUAAAUAAGUUAAUAUAAUUUAUUACAGAAGUACAAAACAAAAUUUAUUUGUUUUCAAUUUUUAUUUUAUCUUUUACAUUCAUUUUCUCACUUUUAAUUAUUUCUAUACAAAACUCAAAACAAAAUAAUAAUUUAAGAUUAAUUUAUAUAAAAAUUG